UAGCUGAUAUGGUAGUGUCGACUGUCGCGAAUCAGCAUAGAGUUCAGUUAAAUUUAGCUAAAACGGGGAUGAAAUAUAUUACUUCAAAAAAUGGGGAUGCAGUUCCUACAAACUAAAGUAAUAAAUAAUGGUAUUUUCAAUUGUAUAGAGCAGUUCAACAAUAGAAAAUAUGACAUCGUCGCAGACAACUUUCUUUGGCGAUUGAGCUGCGAAGAUGCUUUUGAAUAAGUAUGUUCGAAAGACCUCCAAUGUCCAACUGUUUAUUAUAACAGCAGUAUUAUGGAUUAUCAAUGUUGUUAUGAUGUCAGCUGACCAUCAAUUACACACUGUGUCGCCCUGCUAUUAUGAAAACAACGGACAGAAAGAUCAAGUUCGAUCCAAACGUACCUUGGAAGGAGUUAACAAGAAAAUUUAUCACGAAACCAUGAGUUUGAAAUAUCUCAAAACUGCAGAAAGAGACAAUUAUAAAGAGAACAAACUGCUGAAAAUUUUGUUGAAGAAUAUUGCGAGAGUUAAUCAACAAUUGUCAGAAAAAAAUACAGAAUAUUCCAGUUUUAGAAAAUCAAUCAAAGAAUUGGAUUCUGAAUCCCGUCUAAUAAUGGAUAAUUUAGAUUCAAAAUCUGAGCUCAUGGGGUGCGAGGACUUAUUCAAAAUUGAUGCAGCUUCGACUAAUGCUGUGAACGUAUCAAGAAGAAAUAACGUAUUAGAAAAAUUUCCAGAUGAAUCAACUAAGACUCGAUUAUUCGACGUUAAAGCCAUAAAUUGGAAUUCGGUAACAAGUUCAAAUAUAAAUAUGGUUGAAUCAUUCGAGAUAGCAACAAAGGAAAUUACAAAUUUGUUAAAAACUCAAGGAUGGUACGGCGUUCCUAGAUUAUAUGGGAUAUGUAUUAUUACAUCACCGUUAACUGAUAAUAAAUUAACUGGCGUUGAGAACAAGUGGAAGAAGGAAGAGUUAUCGAAAGCUAUCGAAAUACGUUUUGUUACAUCUCGGUACGAUGAAGGAAUCCGUUUAUGCAGUUCAAAUUACGCGUCCUAUGAAUGCAAACGUCUUCCGGCUAUUAUGGAACGAGUGAAGUUGAGUCGACAGCCUGGCAUUGAUGCAUUGACUAUUAUGUUAAAUACUGCAAUACUGUUUGAGAAACUAUGGAUGAACGGCGUGAUGCAGUACGAUUUUCAAGCUACUAGUUUCUACAUUGAUUCGGAUUUAAACGUAAAAAUAACAGAUUUACGAACAUUGAAGUUUUUCUCAAUUAACCAGCAAUCAGAAAUGACUAAAUAUCAAAGGUUACUCUCUGGAACAACCUGCAAAGGUUCGUAUGAAUGUGCUUCUGUAACAUGGGACAAAGAUUCUAUUAUGUAUUCUUAUGGUUAUCAUUGUCAAGAAAUCCGAGGAUAUUGUACAAAGAAUAAUCGAUGUUGGGGAGUGGAUUCCAUUACUCAUUUAUGUGUAUUAUCUACAUGGUUAUUUGGUCGGCUUCACUCAGCGGUGUCGCCGUUUUGGAGGCAUGAAGGGGAAUUGACAAAACUUUUGAGGUGCGGUUCAAAAUAUUCACCAGAUGGAAGAUGUAAUUGGACAGACAUGAAAGUUGGAUUUACUAAAUUACUUGAAUAUGCUCGUAAAGAUGGGAUUUGAGAAAUACAAUCAAAUUUUGAAUUUAUUCGAAUUAUCGGGAAAAAUUGAACAAAAUAUAUUUCUGCAACACAGACAACAUUAA